UGCGGGAGUCAUGGCGGCCACGGAGGCGGCGGCGGCUGCGUCCGCGGCUCCGGCCCCGGGCGUCCCGGCCAUGCCGGCGAGCAUGCGGGGAGCCGCCGCCGCCUCGGGCCCGUGGGGGCCGUCGGAGUCGCGGCUUCAGGGCAGCCGACAGCGACCGGCCAAGGCUCGGGCCGCGGUCCCGGUACCACCGGCCCGGGAACUGAUCCAGCCGUCAGUGAGCGAGCUGUCGCGGGCUGUACGCACCAAUAUUCUGUGCACUGUGCGUGGCUGCGGCAAGAUUCUGCCUAACAGUCCGGCGCUCAACAUGCACCUAGUCAAGAGCCACCGACUGCAGGAUGGCAUAGUAAAUCCAACGAUAAGAAAAGAUUUGAAAACUGUCCCAAAAUUCUACUGCUGUCCAAUCAAAGGAUGUCCUCGAGGCCCUGACCGACCAUUCUCCCAGUUCUCUCUGGUUAAACAGCACUUUAUGAAAAUGCACGCAGAAAAGAAGCACAAAUGCAGUAAAUGCAGUAAUUCCUACGGCACCGAGUGGGACCUGAAACGACACGAGGAAGAUUGCGGCAAGACCUUCCAGUGUACCUGUGGCUGCCCCUACGCCAGCAGAACCGCACUGCAAUCUCACAUCUACCGAACUGGCCACGAGAUCCCUGCAGAACACAGAGACCCACCUAGUAAAAAAAGAAAAAUGGAAAGCUACCUGCAAAGCCAGAAGUUGUCCAGUAAAAACACUGAACCACCGAGCGACCAGCCAGCCCCUCCCCAAGACGUUCAUGAGCUGGAAGCAGCAGAAGUGAAGCUAGUGGCGUCGCUUGAAGACUCUUGCAGUACUCACGCCAAAAAGCAGAGCAUCACAGCACCUUCCAGGUGCCCCCAGAAGUUGCUUUUACCAAAGCCCAAGGUGGCUCUGGUUAAACUUCCGGUCAUGCAGUUUUCCCCUGUGCCUGUCUUUAUGCCUACAGCUGACCCGUCGGCCCAGCCUGUGGUGUUAGGUAUGGACCGUGGUUCUGUGGCUGGAGCUGUGCACUUAGUCCCCCUGCCGGUAGGAACCCUGAUCCUCAGCCUAGAUCCAGAGGCCUGCUCUCUGAAGGAGAGCCUACCCCUCUCGAAAGUUAUCAGUCCCAUUGUCGAGCCGAUCAGUACAGGUGUUCAGGUGAACUUGGGGAAAAGCCCUUGUAGUCCUUUACAAGAACUUGGGAGUGCAUGUCAGAAGAGCAGCCUCUCCUCAAUCAAUGUGCAGACGGACCUGUCCUAUGCCUCACCUGACUUGAUACCUUCUGCUCAGUGGCUCGGCCCAGAUUCCUCUGUGUCAUCGUGUUCUCAAACGGACCUGUCGUUUGAUUCUCAAGUGUCCCUUCCUGUUAGUGUCCACACCCAGACGCUGGUACCCAGCUCAAAGGUCACUUCAUCCAUAGCUGCUCAGACAGAUGCACUUAUUGAUGCCUGUUUCCAGCCAGGUGGGAUCUCCAGGGAAACCCAAACCAGCAGGAUGCGAGACCCCACCCAUGACCCUGUGCAGGUGGACCACCCUGGCCUGUGUGGGGACAUCUUUGAAAGUGUCCACUCAUCAUACAGUGUCCCCGCGGACAACAUCAUGAGUAGCAGUUUAGUUUCAGAGACAGUCACUCAUGGUCUGUUACCUCAGAAUGACCCUAAGAUAUUAAGCCCAGUCAUUGAAAAGUCUGCGCCUAUGUUACACUUCAGUGCCCAGAACAGCAUGCUUCCCUCACAGAACAUGACUGAUAAUCAGACCCAAACCAUAGAUCUACUGAGUGACUUAGAAAACAUCCUGUCGAGCAACCUGCCUGGCCAAGCACUGGAUAACCGGAGUCUUCUGUCCGACACAAACCCCGGGCCUGACACCCAGCUCCCAGCAGGCUCAGCCCAGAAUUCUGGGAUUGAUUUUGAUCUUGAAGAGUUCCUCUCGGCCUCAAAUAUCCAGACUCAGACUGAGGAGAGUGAGCUCACCAGCGUGAGCACUGAGCCUGCCCUGGAGUCCCUGGACAUCGAAACUCAGACCGACUUCUUCCUCACAGACCCCUCCGCACAGCCCUACGGCUUCAGGGCAAGUUCAAGCUUUCUGGGCCUGGAGAUGUUUGACACACAGACACAGACAGACUUAAACUUCUUCUUGGACAGUAGUCCUCACCUGCCCCUGGGCAGCAUCCUGAAACACUCCAGCUUCUCUAUGAGCACUGACUCGUCUGACACAGAGACCCAGACCGAAGGCGCCUCCCCAGCUCGACACACACCUGCGCUGGAGAGCAAGGUUCAGCUGAACAGCACAGAAACACAGACCCUGAGUUCUGGCUUCGAGCCCCUGGGGAACUUGUUCUUCACCAGCAACGAAACUCAGACAGCAAUGGGUGACUUUCUUCUAGCCGAUUUGGCCUGGAACACAAUGGAGUCCCAGUUCAGCUCUGUGGAGACGCAGACAUGCUCGGAGCUGCACGCCCACGCCGUCUCCAGCUUCUGAAGGGGCAGCCAGGCUCCCCUCCCCUUGUGGUUUAGGACACGGCGAAAGGACAGCCGUACCAACUGGGAAUGGAGUUGGUGGGGCAGCAGCUGUUGAGAUUCUCCGCAGUUCUUGGCGUUUGUACUCGUGAACACAAGAUUGGUGUACAAAUGUGAGUGUAUUAUAAAGUGUAAGGUGUUGAUCUGAAAAGUUUCAGUGUUGCCUACGUUUGCUCCUGUGUAGCUAUUCUUUCCAUCUUAAAAAAAAAAAGCAUUUCACACUGUAAGACUUAAAACCAUUUAGCUGAAGCCAAGCUUACCAGAUAGUAGGGCACAAGCUUUGCAACCGCUUUAACCGAAUAUAGCGUGCUUAAACAGUACCUCCAAUGUCAGACAAUGCUUGUGUGGCCCUGGCUCUGAUGCUGCCGCCCUUUGCCUUGUCACGUCCGUUCUGCCUUGGAAACACUAAGGGAAGCCACAGCUGUCUUUAGCUUUUAUGACAGUUUCUACAUCAUCACUGCUGUCCCUUCUCUCCCAAGCAGUGACUGCUGCCAGCUUUGUUUGCUGUCCGUUUCUCUCUCUGAAGUUACCGGCCAGCACGAGAGUAGCAAGCACUUAGUAUAACUAGUCAUCUUUCUAGUAAGAGUAAGGUCUCCAGACCGUGGAGUCAGCUCUGGAAUCCUGCCGUUUCGUUCAUCUCAGGCUCAUCCUGCAUCGUGGGAAAGUUUUCCUCUCACUAUUGUUGGUCAAGAAGAUCCCUGUGACCAAAUUUAUGGGAUUGAUUGCCCAUGCCAGCUGUGAGCACACAGUGGCCAGAGGAUAGUCGCUCUGUCUGGGGCUCAGGACCCCAGAGCUUCUACCUAUCUGUAAAUCGGUGUUCCUGUGACUCCCCACUCUUUGAGCUCAGUUCAUUUACUAGAGAGGCUUACAGAACUCAGGGAUACAGUUACUGCAAAGGGUAGAGUGGGUACAAAAGGGGCAAGGGGUUUCUAUACUUUGUCUAGGCACAACACCCACCAAGAAUCC